GGGGUGCGGCUUGGAGAGAGCGGGAAGGGUUAGGGCUGAGGUCCUCAGCUGGGAGUUUGGGGACUCAGCUGAGUCCCUGGAGAUCGAUAUUAGGGGGCUGAGCAUCUCUGAGGGUAAAAGGCGUUUCCGGGGUGGCUGGAAAGUGGGGGCUCUGGAAAACCAGGACUGCCCAGGUGAGCCCACACUUCUCCCGUCAUCAGUUGGAGGCAUCAGCCAAGUUCCAAGGCCACUCAGGUGAGCAACCCUUUCCAUGGCGGAUGUCAGUGAGGACCCCACCAUAUUCACUGCCCACUCUCUGCCCAGUGACCCCCGGCUCUGGGCCACCGUGACCAACGCAUACUUGGGCACACGUGUGUAUCAUGAUACGCUGCAUGUGAGCGGUGUAUACAACGGGGCCGGGGGGGACACGCACCGGGCCGUUCUGCCCAGUCCCCUCAACGUCCAGCUGGAGGCCCCUGCAGGGACAGGAGAGCCGCUGACCAAGACCUUUACCCUGGACACAAACACAGGUUCCUUCCUGCACACCCUGGAGGACUCCAGCUUCCGGGCGGCCCAGUGCAUCUAUGCCCACCGCACGCUGCCUCACGUCCUGGCUUUCAGUGUGUCCCUCAGCCGCCUGGCUGCAGGGGGCGGGCCCAUCACGGUGUUGCUGCAGGCAGCCUUCUCCCCAGAAAGCCCAGACUUGGACCUGCACCUGGGGCCCGACUUCCAGGGAGCCCGGUACCUGUACGGCCACACACUCACCCCUGAGCAGCCUGGGGGGGCACAGCAGGAGGUGCACAUGCUGUGGACACCAGUGCCCCCAGCCCUGACCCUCGGCGAAGGUGAGGAGGACAGGACCUGGGAAUUCCUGGCCGUGGUGGGCGGCAGCCAGGCUGAGGCCCAGACCUGCCUCGCCGAGGCCCUGCGGCUGCAAGCCGGGGGUACUCUGUACACUGCCCAUGCCCAGGCCUGGGCCCAACUCUGGGCAGGCUGUGGCCUGGACGUGGUGGGGCCCCUGGCUCUGCGCCAGGCUCUGCGUGGUGCCCUCUACUACCUGCUCAGCGCCCUGCCCCAGCCUGGGAUCCCAGGGUACAUCUGCCAUGGCCUCAGCCCUGGGGGCCUCUCCAACGGGAGUCGUGAAGAAUGCUACUGGGGCCAUGUCUUCUGGGAUCAGGAUCUCUGGAUGUUCCCGAAUGUCCUGAUGUUUCACCCAGAGGCCGCCAGGGCUCUCCUAGAGUACCGUAUCCGGACUCUGGCUGGGGCCCUGGACAACGCCCGGAACCUGGGCUACCAGGGAGCCAAGUUUGCCUGGGAGAGUGCGGGUUCUGGCCUGGAGGUCUGCCCUGAGGACAUUUACGGGACCCAGGAGAUCCACAUCAAUGGGGCCGUAGUGCUGGCCUUCCAGCUGUACUACCACAGCACCCAGGACCUGCAGCUCUUCCAAGAGGCUGGUGGCUGGGAUGUGGUCCAUGCCGUGGCUGAGUUUUGGUGUAGUCGUGUAGAGUGGAGCCCUGGAGAGGAGAAGUACCACCUGAGGGGAGUCAUGCCCCCCGACGAAUACCAUUCAGGGGUCAACAACUCCGUGUACACCAACGUCCUGGUCCAGAACAGCCUGCGCUUUGCAGCUGCCCUGGCCCAGGACCUGGGUCAGCCUGUCCCCGAGCGGUGGCUGGUGGUGGCUGAUAAGAUCAAGGUGCCCUUCGACCUGAAGCACAACUUCCACCCUGAGUUCGAUGGCUACGAGCCUGGAGAGGAGGUGAAGCAGGCAGAUGUUGUGCUCCUGGGAUACCCUGUCCCCUUCUCCCUGAGUCCUCGUGUUCGCAGGAAAAACCUGGAGAUUUACGAGGCUGUGACAUCCCCCCAGGGCCCCGCCAUGACCUGGAGUAUGUUUGCUGUGGGCUGGAUGGAGCUGAAGGACCCCAGGCGGGCGUGGGGCCUCCUGGAAAAGAGCUUCGCCAACAUCACUGAGCCCUUCAAGGCCAGCCUGGCCCCAGCCUCAGCCCACACCCUGACCGUGCCUGCCUCCCGCUUGGGCUCCUGGGUGGCGGGAGUGGGAGCCCAGCUUGGGGGGUUACAGCGGGGUCACAGCUGUGGCAAUUCUCACCAGACCUUGGGCCCUUCUGGGAACAGGGGCAGUGGUCUCAGGAGGGCCUGUGUCCUGGGGGACCCAGUACUGACCGCCUUAUGCCUGCAGGUGUGGACGGAGAAUGCCGACAGGUCUGGUGCCGUAAACUUCCUGACAGGCAUGGGGGGUUUCCUGCAGGCCGUGCUCUUCGGGUUCACAGGACUCAGAACGUCCCCCUCCCCCAGGAUCACCAGGGCUGGUGUGCCCUUUGACCCUAUGUGUCCAGCAGGGGUCUCUGGCGUGUGCAUCUCUGGCAUCUCCUACCAGGGGAACACGCUUGAUUUUUCCUUCUGUGAGGACUCCGUGACAAUCGAAAUCAGGGACCGUGCUGGGCCCUGGGCCCCCCCACUGGAGGCCGAGCUGUGGCCGUCACAAGCUCGACUCCCUCUUCCCCCAGGACACAAGGUCUCCUUUCCUCGCUCAGCUGGCCGGAUACAAAGGUCACUCCCACAGGAAGCAGAGGCAGCAAGUUGUUCUCCAAGGACUUCCUGUUGACGCCACUGGACAGCUUCCCUUGAGCCCACAGGACGCCCUGUGGGCCACCCUUGGUCCCUGCACCCCCACUUAGCGCCUCACCAGCACAGCUGGCUUCAGGGAUGGCCCAGGCCUGCUCCUCUGGCACUCGCUCCCACCUGGCAGCCGGGCUCAUGGGCUCCAGGCAAGGUCUGGGUUCUUUGAGCUGAAGUUCAAGGUUGAGACCCUUUCCUGCAUAGAUCCCCACGGCGUCCCACACCUGCCAUAUCUGUGCCUGCCAUCCCAAGGAUGCAGCAGGGAGGGUUGGGGAGUAGCGGACAGCUCAGCCUGGGUGUGGAAGGUGCGUGGGUGGGGACGAUGACCGGGGACGACUCGGCCAGAACUGCUCAGCACUCAGUUGCUGCCUCCCCACAGGAGAACUCUACGUCCUGAUACUGAGGGUCAGUCAAGGGAGGGUCCAGUUUCUCUUGGGCUGUCGCGGGGACUUGGUGAGCGUCUCAGUUCUUGGUGCCUCUGGCCUCUGGGCCACUUCUGUCAGGUUGGACAGCCCUCGUCACAUGCCUCUCCUCAGCCAGAGUGGGGUGCCACAGAAGACUGUACCUUCUCUCUGACUGUCCAUAAGGACCAGGGCCAAGUGUGCAUGGGCGCAAGGCCACAGUCCUGGGCCCACCUGCCCUCCACGGGCUGCCCUUGGCUGGAGGCUCUACCCAGCUCUCCUCCUGGUGCCUCAGCCCCUCCGUUCACACGUCAAACUUGGAUCCUUGGGUUUCCUGCGAAUGAGGGGAGAUGGCGCUUGCUGCCUAAAUCUUGGUGGGGGCUGUGUCUGCUGCACCGUCUGCCUGAUGAAUUAAAGCAGGUGCUGAGGAAGCUGC